UCCAAGAAGCAAAAUGAGGGGGCUACUGGUUCUAACUGCUCUGUUUGUGGCCGUGUUUGGCAAAGAGACUUUUGAAGGACACCAGGUUCUUCGGAUCACAGCAAAAGAUGAGGCACAGAUCACUCUCCUGAAGGAGAUCUCUCAACAAGUACAUCUCGGGCUGGACUUCUGGAGGGAGCCCAUUCGUGAGUCCCUGCCUGUGGAUGUUUGUGUUCCCUUCAACAGUCUUCAGGCAGUCAGAGCUUUCUUGGCAUACAAUCAUUUUGAGUAUUGUGUCAUGAUUGAGGAUGUUCAGGCUUUGUUGGAUGAGGAGCAACGUCAGAUGUUGAAAUCCCGUCCCAUUCCAAGAACUACAGAUGAGUUUGACUACUCCAACUACCAUGACCUAAACACUAUUUACUCAUUCAUGGACAUGCUUGUGGCAGAGCACAGUGAUCUGGUUAGCAAAAUUGUGAUCGGUCAGAGCUAUGAGGGUCGUCCCUUGAAUGUCCUGAAGUUCAGCACUGGAGCGAAUCAUCCAGGCAUCUGGAUUGACACUGGCAUCCACUCAAGAGAAUGGGUCACCCAGGCCAGUGGAAUAUGGUUUGCAAAAAAGAUCGUUAAUGACUACGGACGUGACCCCAUCCUUACCGAUAUCCUUAACAAUUAUGAUAUCUUCUUGGAAAUUGUCACCAACCCUGACGGCUUCGACUACACCCACACCUCUGACCGCAUGUGGCGUAAAACCAGAAAGCCAAAUCCUGGCUCCAGCUGUGUAGGAGUUGACCCCAACAGGAACUGGGACACUAGCUUUGGAGGUCCUGGUGCCAGUAGCAAUCCCUGCUCUCAGACCUACCAUGGGCCCAGUGCACACUCUGAGCCAGAGGUCAAGGCUAUAGUGGACUUUGUGAAAUCUCAUGGCAACCUCAAGGCCUUUAUGUCCAUUCACAGCUAUUCCCAGAUGCUCCUCUAUCCAUACGGAUACACACACACUCCUGCCAAAGACCAGGCAGAACUGCAUGAACUUGCCAGAAAGGCCAUAACUGAACUGCAGUCUUUGUAUAACACUGGAUACACGUUUGGCAGCAUCAUUACCACCAUCUACCAAGCCGAUGGAGUCACUGUUGACUGGACAUAUGAACAGGGCAUCAAGUACUCUUACACCUUUGAGCUGAGAGACACUGGUCGCCAUGGUUUCCUGCUGCCUGCCAAUCAGAUCAUCCCCACUGCUGAGGAGACCUGGCUAGCCUUGAUGGCCAUCAUGGAGCAUACCAAGAACAAUCCAUAUUAAACAUACAAUAGAAUAUCCAUUAUGAGUCAAAGCAGAAAAAAUCUGAUUGAAAAGCAAUGGAAAUAACCAUAUCAAAUAAAUGAAGUAAACAUG